AUGAACGCUUUGACACCUCAAAGAGGAAUUUCUUUAUCCGUUUACCUUGCAGGGCAAUUUCCGGUUACACUAGCGUUCUUAAACUCGUCAUUAAACCCGUUACUGUACUGCUGGAAGAUCAGAGAAGGCAAGCUGUAAAAGAAACAUUAAGGCAAAUGUUCCGUUGUUCGAGUUAGUUUACUAUACUUUUCCGCUGUAUACUAUUAAAGUUCAUGCAAAAAUUGCCGUUUAACUAAUUACAUUUAAUGCUGUUGUGAAGUAUUUUCAACCUUACUUUCAAAGUUUCGACUGGGUCAAGGAUAGUCUUGAGAGAGAGAUUUUGUCCACAUAAUUCUGUUUUAACCUACUGUUUCUACUGAACAUAAAUUAAAGAAAAAUUUAAGCAUCUUGUAAAAAAAUCGUUAUAUCUAGGUCAGACCAUCAUCAUUGCGUUCUAUGAUGGUUACUAGGUUUUCAAAGAAAAAAAAAUCACUUUUGUUUUGCUAAAUCAUGUGUUUGUUGUGCUAAGUAGAGGCCCGUUUCAAAUCAAUUUUAAGGUAAGAGUCCGUGUUUUUCUAAACAACGAAACUUAUUUGGCUUUGACAAUUUAUUUUCACUUGCCAAAUACUGAAUAAGGGCUUCUUGUCAACAAUUUGGUUUGUUUGUGGCCUGAGUUAUGCUCAAACCUCCAUUUUGAAUCACCUUAGAGGGGCAUGAAGUGUUUGUUCCAAAAAUUCAAUAAACCAUAAUAAGCCAAAUUUUUCUCAACUGAUUUUGAUAAUUGGUGACUAAAGUAAACAGUGGUAUAGGUAUGGAAGUUAUGCAGGAAGGCAGGUGAAUAUACUGAAAUUUUGAAAAAUGGCUAUUUUGAGUUGUAAUUGUAGCAACAAUUCUGGCCAGACUCCAGUCCCAGGCUCCUCUCUGUGCAAUACCUUGAAGACAAAGUUACAUGGGUGAAGUGAAAGCUCUAUUACAGUAUACUUCAUGCUCAAAUUCAUUUGGUAGCACAAUUUACCAGUGGGGUCGUACGUCACUUUCAAAAUUGCCCCUGGAAGGCUGGAUUUUUGGUGCUCAAAAGGUCAAAAAUGAGAUCCCCCUGUAACUCCAAAACUAAAAGUCAGAGAAGGAAGCCAAAGUGGCUUUUGAAAUAUCUCAUCACACCCAACUUCUGUACCAAGUUUCAGCCAAAUCGAUUGACCACAAUUUUUAGUUGCGGCCGGUAAAAAUGUAAUUUGCUUGGCCUUCCUGGAGAAAAGGACAGCUGAGCUGGAGACUGCGUGGAUGGUUGCGUUUAUAGAGCUCCUGCAGGUUGUUGCGUGUAAAAUACAAGAACGUGUCAAGGGAUACCUUAACCGCCUACACAAAGAUGAUUUAAUCGACGAUGACACAAAUAAUGCCGGGGCAAAAGCUCUCCUGGGAACAAGGUUGAGCUAUUUCGAGAAAGGUUGUCGGAAAAAAUGUGCACGCAACAAUCCCGUAAGGUGAUAUGGGAUAUAAUCAAUACACUGUUUCUCACUCCGUAGCCUUUGAACCCAUAACCUGCGUGGCAGGCGUUUGAAAGGGGAAGGAAAGGGAGUUUUAGGCGCGAGGGAAACGUGUUUCUCUCGCGCCUAAAACUCCCUUUCCCUUUCCCUCCAAACGCCUGCCACGCAAGCUAUUGAACCUACUCUUGUUGCUUUCCUUUAUCACUCGCAAACAUACGUCUCUUCAAAUUUCUUUGAAGAGGAGUGAACUCAAAACCACCCACAAUACCUUUCGGAAGUGUCGCGUGCACUUUUUCCGAGAACCUUUCUCGAAAUAGCUAUAAACGGAACCUUAUUUGAUUAAUUUAAAAAGGUAUCCAAACGAGGUUAAUGUGGUGUUAAAACAAUACAGCCUAAGAAUGAGCCUAUCGCCACGUUUCCAUGUUAAAACAGCUGAUCACAGCGAUCUAUUUCCGUUUUAAACAAAUAUUGGUUUCACUCUUAUCCUUUUAUGCGAUCUUUGCUGUCAUGUGCUUUCGAAAAAGUAGUCCAGUAUAAUUUGGGGGGUUCCUUUUAAUCUAUGACAAGCUUAUUAGUAAAACUGAAUACAGUAAGUUGACCAGAAAUGCGUGGCAUUGUUUCUAAUAGCCGUUACAGGUCUAGCCUGUCCAGGCUCGGAGAUAGUCGGGUCCGCUGAAUUGAGAAAGCGCAAACACAAAAAUAAAACGGGAGGAAACUGCCCACCUUUUCUUUUUUCCGGCCCGGCCAACUUUAAGCGUGCCUUUUUUUUUCGCGUCUUGACUACUACCUGAGAGCCUGGAAAAGGCUAUUAUAGGUCUUGGGGAGUUCUGGGGUCGUUUUCUCCCCGUCCCCCACCCACCCCCAAAGGCCAUCAGAGCCCCUUCAGCCCCCAGAGAGCUUGUUGGCAGGCUACCCAUUGUAAAAAACAAAGCAAGGAAAAACUAGGAGAAGUAACAUUGUACGAGAGCGUUUUAAGGAACGUCCGUUAAAACAAAGAAACAGAUAUUCCAGAUCAGGAUAAUUACCAGCUUAUUUUAUUACAUGAAAAAGGAGAGCUGUAGAGAAUACUGUGGAUUUAAACAAAGUAGGGCUCCUAGCUACAAUCUUCCUCUGUUUUGUGUUCUAUCGGUGCCGUGUUUAUGUCUUGCAAAGUUGAUUUUCUAGUAUGUAGUAUAUGAUCAGCCUUGCAGAAUUCAGUUCGCCCAGCUAUGAAUGUUUUGACUCAGACUCUCAUUAAAUCUAAUAAAAAGUUAUCAUGUCUAUUUGCCACAGCACUUCAGACGCAGACCGCAACACAUUGCAUAACUUUCCGAGUUUAUAUAUUCUCGGGCAUCACUGCUCAAAUCGCCCUCGUCGGUCCAGGCUCCUUUGUCCCGUACCAGGCCCCUGUCUGGCAUUGGUUUUCCCGUAACCAAAGUCACAGCAAACAGCAAGAUGAGAAUCUUAAUGAGAUGCUUCAUUUUCACCUAAAUUAAAACAUUUGACAGUAAGGAAAACACGAUCUGAACUUAUCAUAUUCAUUGUAUUUUUAUAAGUUGUAGGAGCGAUGGGAAACCGCGCAACACUUAUAAUAAUGGACAUGGCCUAAAGCCCCGUCCACACGAAUCCGGGUAAAGAAACAUACGGUUUCAGAUAAAAAUCUCCUGAUUCGUGUGAACGGGGCGUAAGAAAUUCCAUGAGAAAGUAUUAUAACGAUUACAAGUAGGUUUUUAAUACAAUGGUCACGUUUUAAUCCACAUGACUAACUGAUAAAAAAUUUACCUUGUACAGCCUUGUAAAUAGAACAAAGAGGCCCGAUCAUGAAGAUAUUUGCAUUUUGCGCCAUAAAGAUAAGCCUCGACUCGUCAACAAGCGAUUUUGUUGAAGAAAAAAAAGUUCGAAACAUAAACUGACUCGCCAGUCCCUUUCGACCGUCAUUCUUCAUAAGCUCAAAUAAAGAUAGAUAUCAUUCGGAGAAAAAGUGCGUGAUUUAGGGCUUAGUACUCUCCAAUUUACAAUGCCCCCUACGUGGCAGACACCUUAACCCUAUUCAGACUGGGGGGGGGCUUUUCGAACCCCCCCUCCGGAAAAAUCGUGAUAACUCCUACACCGAAAGAGCUAUGUCGUUCAAAUUUUCUGGCUUUUCCUAAAAUUUAUCUAGGAACAUUUUGGUAUAAUUACCAUGUCCAUGUGAUUAAUCAUGUUGCCAUGGCAACCAGUUUCUGACACAUAGGUUUUGGAAAAUUUAAAACAAUGGUGAUUUUUUUUGUUUUAAGAUCGCGUUUUUACACUUAUAGUGCUUUUUGAUGUCAAAAUGGUCUUUGCUUGGGACUAGUUUUUGAAUUACAUCAAAAUGUUUCAACAUCGAAUAUUUGGGGGGGAGGGGUGGGGUUAAAUUUGUCACUUUUUUGCUGUGACAAAUAUGCUGCUCUAUUUUCCAAAUAACACUUCCAAAGUCAUUUGUUUCGGUAAUAAACAUUAGUUUGAUACUUCUUUUAUACAUUCUGAGCUUUUUCCCCUUUGAAAGUUGCUUUAAAUCAUAAUUUUAACAAAAAAACGGAAAUCUAAGAUGGCGGAUCCCAGAUGGCGGAUCCAAGAUGGCGGACAACCAUUUCAAAUUUGAAAUUUUAUUGCUUCCUAUUGCUUUUUCUCGUUGUACAAGUGUGUAUUUUAUAUGCAUAUAUGUUGUAUAUUAUAUUAAAGAGAUGACUUUACCAAUAUUAUUGAUUAAGAAACAUUGAAAAUCGGAAUAUGACGUCACUGUGAGGUCAUAAUUGGGCGUGGCGAGUCAAAACUGGGUGUGAGGCUUCUUUGUACGGAGAUGAUCAUUGUGUGUAAAUUUCAUGACCCUAGCAUUAUUGGUUCCAAAGAUACAGAGGGGGGUCCGAGGAGCCCCCCCCCCCCACCCCCCCAGUCAUAGAUUGACCAAAAAAGCCCAGUCUGAAUAGGGUUAAGGUUGGUUUCCACCGUCGCGUAAUUUCUACGCGCGUACGUGCGUUAAAUUUACGCACGUAGAUAAAAGAGGCUAUGUUGAACGUUUGUGCGUAGACGUAAAAGUUGAGCGAGGGUUCAAUUUUUGCGUUCAUUCAUUCAUUCAUUCAUUCAUUCAUUCAUUUAUUUUGCCAUUAACCAGAAAUAAAACAACAGUAUACAGAAAUACAUUAAAGAUAAUAUACAAUAUUCCAACUAAGUUAUUUACAAGUCAUUUUCAUACCGUUUGCCUCUAUUUCUUUUACAAACGUAAAAAUUACGCGACACUGGAAAUCCACCCUUAUAUACACAAAACAUUGUAUUAAUUAAAGCUAACGACACGAGAAAUUCUCUUGGAGAUUUUCUAUCCGAAGGAAUAAAAAACGAAAGAGAAAUCACCUUUUACCCACCUCAAAACUUCUGCUUGAAACUUUUCUGUGAACGGAAGAAAUACAAACGCUUCGAGGGAUAUUGCUGCAACAAAUGAUGCACGGAACAAAGUAAUUAAAUUGCAAAAAAUAUAUAAGUCGUUAUAUUUUAAGCCUCGUUUUCAAAGAGAGUCUAGGUGGACAUCUUCUCAUACUAAACUAUUUUCCAUUCAUACGCAAAUAAAUUCAUUUACUUCAGUAUAAAUGGUUCUGCGCACUUGGUUUUAUGAUAUGGCCUUGGGAAAUUCGGAGAUGGGCUUUUUUAUUAAAUGUUACUACAAUCCAUUGAAACUGUAAGUUCCUUAAGCUAACUGUGGUACUUGGUUGUGCCAAAAUCAUACCGUAAAAAAAGGACAGCCGAGGAGUACUAGUACUUGGAAUCCUCAUAUACUUCCUUGGUGUCAAUACAUAGGUACAGCUCUGUGUCUAGUCACCACAAUCUUCGCUUACACAAAAAUUUCCUAUACUCUGCGUCAUAAUCAAAUACAUGUUCAGAACCAUGUUCCUCAAGGACAACCGAGCCAAGCAAUUCCCGCACUGAACAUAGCUCGAUACAGAAAGGCAGUGUACAGUGCACUGUGGGUCCAGGGAACAUUGAUUAUUUGUUAUCUGCCGUCUGGCAUAGUAGAAGCUUUGCAACGUCAGAAAGCGAUGACCUUAUCCAUUUACCUUGCUCAGCAAUUUACGGCUACCUUAGUGUAUUUAAACUCAUCAUUAAACCCGUUGUUGUACUGUUGGAGGAUCAGAGAAGUAAGGCAAGCUGUAAAAGAAACAUUAAGGCAAAUGUUCCGUUGUUCGAGUUAGUGUACUAUGCUUUUCCGCGGUAUACUAUUAAAAUUGAUGCAAAAAUUGCCGUUUAACUAUUAUAACUACAUUUAAUACUUUUGUGAAUAAUUUUGAACAUUAUUUUCAAAGUUUCAAGGUUAGUCUUGAUUUUGUCCACAUAAUUAGGUCUUUUUCUGUUUUCACCUUAUGUUUCUACUUGUACUUGAAUUUUUUCUUAGCUCGCCAAUUUGCUUAAUGCCAUGUCAGGAAUAUUCUUCGCUUCCCAUUGUCAGCUGUUAGUUGUUUUUAGGUGGUAGUGUUUGUGAUGUUAGUGCUGACCUUGGUUCUUAAGUCCCGUUAAAGUUUCGAUUUCGGUUUUUUCACCAGCGUUUUAGUUUUUCAUUAGGUUGUGACGAUCGCAACCAUGUUGGUUCAGUAAUACCAAAACCUUACCUAUACCGAGUUUAACUUGUUUUUAUUCCCACGGUCAGCUAACACAAACAUGUCCAGCUUUGGCUAUAAAAACCGUUGUUAUUUGAAUUGCUAGAAAAGAAGAUUGAAGUAGGAGACGAUAUAAGAGUGUUAAGAGUAUAGUUGCUGUAGAAGUCAAGAAAAAUACUGAAGAUCAAGAUGUAAGAAGUAGACUCUCAGUACCUCAUCGAUUAGCGAGUGAGUCGAACACGCCUCGACAAUACUUACUGGAGUUCUUCUUCAUCAACUGUUUUUCCGAAAAAAAAGACGCCCAGUCUUUUAAAAGUUCGGUUUGAAAGCUAUAGGAGGUAUAAUUACUCUCUUAGCCGUAGAAAUCAUUGUUAAGUCGCAGAAAGUGAAACUGGGUUGGGGAGACAUUAUGGUACCUCGUAAAACAGCAACGAGAAAAGAGCUUCGAUUAGCUAUCCUAUGCUCAAUACUAAAUUCACGUGACAUGUAGACCACAUGAAGCUCAGAAUAAGUAACAAAAACGAACAUAAAGAUAUUGAAAACGCAUCCACGUUGCAAGCAAAUAUACUCUUGAAUUCUGAACAUUUAGCAUACGUUAACAUAAAUAACAGUGCUUAUAUUGGUAAGAGUAUCUACUUUGUCCUGUGGUCUCCUCAUAAUUAAGAGCUUUGCACGGUUCUGCAUGAUACACGUAUUUGGGGUACAUAAAUUGGCGAGGGUUACUGCAGGCAGUAGGCAUUGAAUAUUUAAUCUUAGUUUGCAUUUUGCACAAAAUAAGGUGUAGAGAAGAUUCGAACACUAAUUAGAAGGCGUCUGUUCCAGUUUCACCAAAACGUUUACCCACGUGAAAAGCAAAUUGAUCCACACGACCACAUGAUAUUUUGCAAAAAAGUACCACCAUCGCACUAUGUAUAUUAUAUAUUUUACAGCUGGCUUCUUUGCAGAAGGCAGUCAAAGCUGGCAGCGCACGAUUAAUAGCAAUAUGAUGUUGAAAUAGCAGAUAAUAAUUAGUCUCACGACAAUUUAUGAAAUUUAAGAGGUAUAGACCGCCCAAAUGUACGUUAACUAAACGAGAUGUCAUUAUGAGGUUUUCGCGCGUUUUGCCUCUCAUAACAGACCCAAAAAUUAAAUUCCUUUCCAGCCAUCUGACCUCAAGUAAGUUAAUAACACAAAUAUCAUUACGCGGUUCUGCUGGGAAGAUAGCGAUGGCUCAAGCUUGUCAACAGUUUGUGUUACUGGAAAGUUUAUGCCAAAUUACUGUAGAAUGUUAAUGAAGAAAUACAUCAAGGUUAAUCGAACUGCACCGACCACAUUUUGAGACAUGAAAAAUCAUUAAAUUCGGCCGUGUAUGAACAAGUUUCACCUGGCUCAUCAUAGCAAGCUAGUAUUUCUUAAAAGCAUAAUUUGUCUGAAUUUUCUCUUUUUUUUUUCUUUCACUUUAAAGUAUCUCAAUCUUUAAACUUAAAACGGAUAUCAAUCAGUUGAGUUUUUUGCCAAAUUACUUCUCUCAGUGACAUUAUACGUACGAAAAGGCUAUCAAGGAGCAACGAAAGAGCUAAAAAGUUAUUCAAAUAGUCAGUGAGCUAUAUAUAGUUCAAGCUCGUGACACUGUAUUUGGUCUGCUUGGGUUUCUUAUAGUCUGUGCCAGGCUCUCAAAUAGUAGAGACGUCCCAAAAACCAUAACUAUGCGAAAAUAAAGCGAAAAUAAGACGCUCUUGAUCUGAGAAAGUGUGCUUUCUCCCCAGUCCCCGCGUGUUUUGCCAUUCACGACCUCUGCGCGACACUAUCUUGGAGCCUGGAAGGGGCUAAAAAAAAAAUACACAAUUUGUGCUGGACCUUAAACUAUUUUAUGUCUUACUUCAACCUUUCAAAACAAAUCAUAUCUCGGCAUUUUUGUUUUUGUUGAACAGGUUCAUGAUAAUUAUAAAAACAAGAAGACUAGUUUGUGUUAUCAAAUGGUGACGAAUAAUUCAAUUCCAGGCCAAAAUUGUAAUGGUUUCUCUACCAUCUAGACAUGUUGUGCUCUUUAGCGUGUUAGGACUUGUAACAUGGUCUUUUAUUCCCCUGAUGUCUUCAUUCAAAACAUCUCACCUAGACAUCAUUAAACUUGGACACCAUCUCGGGCAUUCAGAGUGCAAAAGCUGCCAUAGCUGAAUUUAUGAAUUAGUAUAGGUAAUAGCAUGAUUUGUACGUGAUGUUUUGCAUAAAUAUCACAAACGGCUCGUGAAAUUACGUAUAACAAUUUUGAAAUACCACUUAUUUGUGUGUAAUACUACCCGCAAAGGUUUUGUAAUUUUUACAUGUAGGUAUUUCAAAUUAAGCUGAAAUGCCACUGCUCUUAGCCAACCAAAUUAAUUAAAGAAAUUUCUCAUAUACUAGUAUAAACGCCGAAAUUUCGCGCCAAAUUAAGGAGUAACUUGUACCCGAGAUAUAACCAUGCACCUAGCCUUAGUUAAUUAGGUUAUUUAAAAGAUAGAAUGACACACUUACCCCCUUUUAAAAGAAAGCGAUAUGUUAAACAGUGUAGGCACCUGCAUAUCGUUGCAUCGCAGCCAAAUGGCGCUAAGA